CCCCCCCCCACCCCCAACACCUUGCCCACAAGAGGACUUGCGAUGUGCGAGUUAUUACUGUAAGACCAGCUUUUAAUGUGUCCGACUCAAAUUCGGCGAUAACCUUGUCGGGCUAAGAGGGACAAAAAAAAGCACUAAUUCUGAUUGCACACCGACGAUUUUAUCUAAGUCAGGUGCCCGUGUCCUUAAGUGUCUGAGACUGAUAAGUCUUCAUUUUUUUUACCGUUGUAAAAGCUAGAUGACGGUAUAUAAGCACCGACCUAAUGGACUAAUCUCAACGGACAGAUCUUCAGGCAAGGACAGAAGAUGCGUCGAGUUAUUUCUGAUUUAUUGAGAUGGGUGUGUUAGCGGAUGAAAGAUGAAUCUCUCAUUUUGUACAGAAAGAGCUUGCGGAUGUUGUGUGUAAAUAUUCUCACUUAUAUAUAAAAGCAGGUUGUUUUACAUUUCUAAUAUAUUUUGAACGGACAUUGUCGCUCUGGAUCAGGAAGUGGAUCAAGGCGAGUUUCCCCUCUUGACUUUGACUGAGACUCGUCACCAGUCCCAUAUGCCUUCAGCACUAGCCAUCUUCACCUGUCGGCCAAAUUCGCACCCUUUUCAGGAACGCCAUGUCUACCUGGACGAACCUGUCAAAAUUGGUCGAUCGGUGGCACGUUGCAGACCAGCCCAAAAUAACGCCACAUUCGAUUGCAAAGUGCUUUCCAGAAACCAUGCUCUCAUCUGGUUCGACCACAAAACAGGCAAGUUCUAUCUACAGGACACUAAGAGUAGUAAUGGUACGUUUAUUAACAGUCAGCGUUUAAGUAGAGGAUCAGAAGAAAGCCCACCAUGUGAACUCCUAUCAGGGGACAUCAUUCAGUUUGGCGUAGAUGUGACUGAGAACACCAGGAAAGGUAAGGUUACUCAUGGGUGCAUAGUAUCGACAGUCAAGCUCUUUAUGCCUGAUGGUAUGGAAGGCCGGCGAAGAUCUGAUGUCAUCCAGGCUCCUCUACCACUUCCUGUUGAAAAGGUGGCUGCUAAUUCUCCAAGUAUGUACUCUCAGGAACUAUUCCAGCUCUCUCAGUAUUUGCAGGAGGCCUUACAUCGAGAACAGAUGCUGGAACAGAAGUUGGCCACCCUUCAACGAUUACUCGCCAACACUCAAGAGGCAUCGGAUAGUAGCUGGCAGGCUUUAAUAGAUGAAGACAGGUUGCUGUCAAGGCUAGAAGUAAUGGGAAACCAGUUACAAGCUUAUUCAAAGAACCAAACUGAAGAUGGCAUAAGGAAAGAAUUGGUAACAUUACAAGAGGACAAACACAGUUAUGAGACAACAGCCAAAGAGUCCUUGAGGCGGGUCCUUCAAGAGAAAAUAGAAGUAGUCCGGAAGCUCUCAGAGGUGGAGCGAAGUCUGAGUAACACAGAGGAUGAAUGCACCCAUUUAAAGGAGAUGAACGAUAGAACACAGGAAGAAUUGAGAGAACUGGCCAAUAAGUAUAAUGGAGCUGUGAAUGAAAUUAAAGAGUUCACUGACAAAUUAAAGCAUGCAGAAGGGAAACAAGAAGAGAUUCAACAGAAGGCCUUAUCUGAGAAGAAAGAAUUGCAGCACAGAAUAGAUGAAAUGGAAGAGAAGGAACAGUUACUUCAGGCAAGAAUUGAAGCCUUACAGGCUGACAAUGAUUUCACCAAUGAACGGCUUACAGCUUUACAAGUACGGUUAGAACAACUUCAGGAGAAAAACAUCAAGGAUCACAAUAGUAUAGGAAUCCAAGUUGAUGACUUGUUACCUAAAAUUAAUGGAAGCACAGAUAAAGAGCACUUUCUAUUAAAGAGUGGAGGGGACUGCUCUGAGCUAUUCCAACAAUUCAUUGAGUGCAAGAACAGGUUGAAAGCCCCAGUGGACUCAACUGAGAACAGUAGGAUUUCAAAUGUAGAAGAGAACAUCCCUGUCAUCCCAGGAAUAAGUCAAGUGAAUCAAUCUAGUUAUACCUUCUCCAAGACAAGAAUAUCCCUCCUUAGGGAAAGGGAUCAAAACUCCAAUCUCACCAAGGCCCUGUAUUAUUGCACCACUCUUAUAGCAGAAGACCAUCAUACCAAAGGCUCAGAAAAAGCAAAGCUAUUGAAAGAAAAUCAACUAGAAGCAAAGGAAUCUGAUAUGUCUGACACACUCAGCCCAAGUAAGGACAGGAGCAGCGAAGACACUACAGAUUACCAAAUGGAUGAACAGGAAUUGAACGAAUCUUUAACUAAAGUUUCAUUAUUAAAAGACCUCUUGGCAGAGGCGAGAGCUUCCAGCAGAAAACAUGAAAAUGAGUUGGAUCAUCUCAAGUAUGAGCUGCGACGUGCCCAUGCACAAACUGGAGAUUCAGAGCGAGAGAUACAACAACUACACCAAGAGUUGAAGGAAGCACAGGAAUUGGCCAUAACUAGCAAACAAAAAUGUUUUGAAGUACAAGCACUACUUGAAGAGGAAAGAAAGACCGCUAAACUGCAAAUUGAAGAAUCAACCAGACAGAUCCAAGUGUUGCAAGCUCAACUCCACAAAUUACAAAAGAAUAUUGAGAUCGUUAGAGAAGAAAAAGAGAAUGAAAUUAUUGAAACACGUGAUCAGUUGGCAAGUACCCAUAAAGAGAUUGUGGCUUUACGACAGACAGCAGUAGAGGCAGCGACUGGCCGUGAAAAUGACAUUGCCAUUCUCCGAGGAGAACUGCAGAAGGUGCAAACUGAGCUUGAACAUUGGCGGCAAACUACGUCCCAAUACGAAGCAGAAAUCUUCAAUCUUCAAACCAAGCUCCAUCUUCAAACAGAACAACAGAAAAAUAAAGAAAAAGGGGAAGCAAUCCAGUUGCAAGGUAAACUGGAUGAAUUACAAAAGCAAAGCAAUGGGCUACAGAAUGAUUGUGAUUCCCUUCGACAAGAAAAAGUUAUUCUGACAGAAAAGCUGCAAUGGUUUGUGGAAGAGCUCCAAUGUGCUCAGCAACAGAGUGUUAAGCUGACCAAAGAUGUCAGUGACCUGGAGAUUUCUCGUAAAGAACUAGAAGUUCAGGUUGGAAUGUUAAAGGAGCAACGCUCACAAGAGACAAAAGAACUAAGAGUACAACUAGCACAGGCUGAGAAUGAGACUCAGAAGUUUCAGCAACAGUAUGAAGCAAAUCAGACCAUGUACCUGGAGUUGAAGGAAAAGCUUGACAAGACUCAACAAGAGAAUGAGUCCAUCACAGAAGAACUUGAAAAUUGUAAAGAAAAUUUGAAGCUGCUGCAACAGAAGGGAAACAAUCCUUCUACAAUAUUGCAACCCAUCCCUGCUCUGGGCGUCGCCCUAAUCCUGGCUUUCCUGUACUGGUGGUCUGAUUACCUAUGGUAGAUAAAGGGUGGAUUGUUCAAGUGGAUGCCAGUGAUGGCCGUGCUGGUUGCUGUGACAGUGGUAGUGUUAUACCCAGCAUUGAAUAGAGCCUCACCAUGAGACUGCGAGAUGUCUCUCAAACUGCAGAAUGUCCUCCCCUUUGACAUUGGCUUUCUUUUACUACAGGGAACAAGCAGAUGUGUUUCCUUCCUCUUUACCUCCAACAAAAACACGGCUGUUUCAGAGUACGACAGUAGGAUUUUUGCUUGAACUGUAUAAUAUGUAAUUGUAUAUAGAGGGAAUAAAAAUUUGUGACUGGAUUCUACUCUAGA